AUGUCCAAGCUACUUCUCACGACGCUGCUCCCUCUAACCAUCCUUUUCCACGUCGCCUGCAAAUUAUCCAAGUCUGACGAAUCGGACAGCUAUUCCAACCUAUACCCUUUCCUGGAAAAAUGGGCCAGGACCAGUCACACGAAGAUGCUGACCGUGGUGUUCGACGAUUACGACUUCCAACGGCCCCCCCUCGACAUCCCCUCUGAAAUGCUGAUCGAUUUAAACGUGUCCACCAAACUGGUUACUUUGAAACAUCUAAUAUCUCUUAGAAACAAGGACAGAAGGCGCGAUUAUCGAACGAUAGAGAGUGAAAAUUGCGUGUUGCUCUUGUUCUCCUCCGUGGACCAUCUCAAAGAUAUCCUCAGCUCGCCCCAUUUGAUCUCGUUCUGGCAUCCGGAGAAUUUCUACAUACUUCGCGAGCAAGGGCGCUCGUCCAUCAGCUCGUUCGAGCAGGAACGAUUCUGCCAGUGGGCGUUCGAGAGGCUUUGGAGGGUGAGGAGGGUGUACAAGCUGCUUCUGUUCACCGGUGAUAAAGUGAUCCGAUACGAUCCUUUCGAUUACAACAGGCUUCGCGCCAGGUAUGACGGAGGUUGCGACCGGUAUUGCAAUAAAUCGAGCGAGGAGGGUGGUUUUCUAUCGAUCGACGGGCCGAACAUCACCGACGUGUCCGAUCUGUUCGAGGAGGAGAGGAUCGACUUCGAACGAUACCCGUUGAAAAUAUCCAUCUUCGAGACGAGCACGAUCUCUUUCAAGGAGGGGAGAUAUUUCGGUUUGGAUUUCAAGUAUCUGGAAGAGGUUUGCAAAAAGAUGAACGUGACGCGUUCCCUGAUCAAGUCGAAGGAUAGAUUCGGUUGGGAGGAGAACGGCACGUUCUUCGGGACAAUUGGACACUUGGUAUACGGUUUUGCGGACGUCUCGUUCAAUCAAUUCUUCGUCAAGGAUUAUAUGACCAGGCAGCUUGAGUUCACCGCGUCAAUUACGAGUGACAAAUUGUGCGUUCUUAUACCGAAAGCUGCACCCCUGCCCGAUUAUCUCGUGAUAGUCAAGAUCUUCACGGGGAGGGCAUGGUUGCUCGUGUUCGCCGCCCAUUUCGUCAUCGCUAUGAUUUACACAAUCUUGAAGAUCGAGAAGUAUCGAAAUAUGCUCGAGGCUGUGAGGAAAAGCGGCCAGGCGUUUUUCUGCUGCGAAUAUAUUCCCGACUCGUAUUUUCUCGAGGAUCGAAACGGUGUCGUGAAAUAUCCUCGUUUUGCUAACAACUUUUUCCUGUUCGAUGGAUCAGAAAACGUCGGACCGAUGGCAUCCAAUACGAAGAAAAACGACUCGAAACGAUUCGAUCGAGCCUCUUUGUCCCUUCUGAUAACGUUGGCACGGUAUUUAAUGAAGGUGGUAUUUCAGCUUAUGCAACCCUUUAAAUUGGGUCAACCAUGGUUCCCGGAGAGAUUGUUGCUGUUAUGCAGUCUACUUCUCAGUUUGAUCCUCAAUGGAAUAAUCACAUCUCAACUUGCCUCCAGUUUCAGCAAACGAAUGUACUACGAAGACAUUAACACGUUGGAACAGUUGGAGAAAAGCGGGAUCACGAUUUUAACCGACGCCAAAGAUGUCAUAAGCGACGCGUUCACCGAUGUAACAUCACCGUUGAUUAAACGGCUUCACGAGAGAUUGGAAUACGCGAACAGAUCGGAAGUUCAUAGAAGGUUGUUCGAGGUGAGGGAUGCUGGCUAUCUUCACCGAAUCGCAACCCUCCCGUUGAAAUACGACGAAUACCAGAGGAAAACGUUGCACGUCGUCAAAGAGUGUCCAAAGGAUUACAUCAUAGCCAAUGUGAUGAAGAAAGGAUCACCUUUCGGAAGACGUAUAAACACCAUCCUUCUCAGGUUGAACAAUGGUGGUUUCUAUAAGAUUUGGUACCAAGCCAUGUACCAAUCGUUAAAACGGAAAGAGAUGAUGACGCUCGAUGACUCGUCGAUACAUCGAAAGAUCACGAUUCGACAUUUGUUUAUCCCUUUCGGGAUAUUGUACCUUGGACUGGCCACCAGCGUAAUCGUAUUCAUCUACGAAUAUCGGCAAAACAACGUUUGA